AUGCACAGGUGGUUGAAACCAAAAGCGACCUUUGCCCUCCUACGUAACAGAAAUUUCCUAAAGAACUAUGGUCAGAGAAGGGCUACUAUAACUCGUGGACUUAAUACUUCACCGAUAACUAUCAAUCAACCAUCAUUCCAAGUUAUAGAAGAGGAGUCCGUGCACCAAGGAGAACACUAUGUUCAAGUCCCAAAGCGCGGAUUGGUGGAAUUAGCUGGUAAAGAUACUAUGAAAUUUUUACAGGGACUUAUUACAAACGACAUAACGUCUAUAAAUACGGGUGUAAACGUAUUUUACACUGCAUUUCUGAAUUCAAUGGGACGAGUUCUUUUUGAUACAUUUAUAUAUCAAAAGAAUGGUGUACCAGAACCAGUAGUUCUUGUGGAAUGUGAUUUGCGAAUUAUCCCUGAAUUCACGAACCACUUGAAAAAAUAUCUCCUUCGCUCAAAAGUAGUGAUCAACGAUGUCUCUUCGGAAUACAAGAUUUGGAAUAUCUGGGGAAAUAAAAAUCUAUCAGAUACUUCGGGACUGAACUCAACUUUGUUCAAGGGUGGAUACGUUGACCAAAGAUGUUCAGGAAUGGGAUUGCGAAUACUGAUACCAGCAAACAUGAAACCAAAUUUAACUUCGAAGUUCACGGAAUUACCUUCUGAAGAAUAUGCUAUUCGACGUAUUUUACAUGGAGUACCUGAAGGCAUUGAUGAUUUUGUACCAGAAAAGGCUUUACCAUUACAAUCAAAUUUUGAUUAUAUGGGCGGAAUUGAUUUUCGAAAAGGCUGUUAUAUAGGCCAGGAACUCACUUUUCGUACAUAUCAUACGGGCGUGACUAGACGGCGUAUCUUACCCGUGCAGUUAUAUCCUUUCAGUGCGACUAAUGCUCCCACAAAAUUAAGUGUUGACAGAAACAUCCAAGUAGUUACUCCAGUUCCAUACUCUGAUAUUCAUCCAUAUGGACAAUCAGGACGCGUUGCUGGAAAUAUUGGCGUAUGCUCGCAUAAUAUCGCUCUGGCGUUAAUCAAACUCGAUAAAGUUGAUGUAGAUGAUCUUGUAGUUUAUGCUGAGGGAAAAAAGCAUAUAUAUAGGGUGAAACCUUUUAUACCGAGUUGGUGGCCUAAAGAUGAGAAUGAACAAAAGCAAAAAUAA